GUUACUAGAAUGAAUAACUCACACGUUCUUAAAACAGUCAUAUUGAUUAUGGUUUUGGUCGAGGCAGUCCUGAUCGAAGAGGCGACGGCACACCCAUGUGGUCGAACAUUUUUGUCGGCUUUGAUUCAACUCGUGCCGUGUAGACCAUCAGUCGCGCCGUUUAGCACAUUGUCUCCCAACGGGCUAUGUUGCGCUGCCAUCAAGAGGCUUGGUCAACCUUGUCUAUGUGCUCUUUCCAAGGGACCACCUAUCUCUGGUGUUGACCGCACUCUGUCACUUCAGUUACCUGGAAAAUGUUCUGCCAAUUUUCCUCCGUGUAACUAAUUCUCUACCUUUUAUUAUCAAAGUUUUGUAAUAUGUUUACUUGAAAAUCACGAUUUGUUUCUGUUUUUAAUUAGACUGAAGAAACUUUCAGACUUAUAUAUAUGAUGCUUGCAUGUGUAGAAGUAGAAGUCGACUAACAUAUAUCAUGCUUGCAUGUGUAGGAGUAGAACUCGCAUGUUUGCAACUAAAAAAAGUUAG